CGGUCGGGCCCGGCGUGAUGUCGUGAGCCGCAGGCGGACGCGCGACCGGACGGGCGGCGCUCAGGGAGCGGCUGCCGCCGAUGGGGCUGCUUCGGAUUAUGCUGCCGCCUAAAUUGCAGCUUUUGGCGGUGGUGGCGUUCGGGGUGUCUGUCCUUUUCCUGGAGAACCAGAUCCAGAAGCUGGAGGAGUCCCGCGGGAAGCUCGAAAGGGCUAUUGCAAAACACGAAGUUCGAGAAAUUGAGCAACGGCAUACGAUAGAUGGCUCACGGUCAGAUGUGGCUCUGGAUGAAGACGAUGAUGUGGUCAUCAUUUAUAAUCGAGUGCCCAAAACUGCUAGCACUUCGUUUACAAACAUUGCUUAUGAUCUCUGUGCAAGAAACAAAUAUCAUGUACUGCAUAUCAACACAACCAAAAAUAAUCCUGUUAUGUCUCUGCAAGAUCAGGUACGAUUUGUGAAAAAUGUAACUUCCUGGAAUGAGAUGAAACCAGGGUUUUAUCAUGGACAUAUAUCCUUUUUGGAUUUCGCAAAAUUUGGUAUUAAAAAGAAACCAAUAUACAUCAAUGUUAUAAGAGAUCCUAUAGAGCGACUGGUUUCUUACUACUACUUUCUGCGUUUUGGUGAUGAUUACAGGCCUGGACUCCGGAGGCGAAAGCAAGGGGAUAAAAAAACCUUUGAUGAAUGUGUAGCAGCUGGAGGCACAGAUUGUGCCCCUGAGAAACUCUGGCUUCAAAUUCCAUUCUUCUGUGGCCACAGCUCUGAAUGCUGGAAUGCGGGAAGCAGAUGGGCUUUGGAACAAGCCAAAUACAACUUGAUUAAUGAAUAUUUCCUGGUGGGAGUUACUGAAGAGCUUGAAGACUUUAUUAUGUUGCUGGAGGCAGCUUUGCCCCGUUUCUUCAGGGGUGCAACAGAACUAUAUCGCACAGGAAAGAAGUCCCAUCUUAGGAAGACAACGGAGAAGAAACUCCCCACAAAAGAAACCAUUGCAAAGCUCCAGCAGUCUGAAAUGUGGAAAAUGGAAAAUGAGUUCUAUGACUUUGCACUGGAGCAGUUUCAGUUCAUCAGAGCACAUGCAGUUCGAGAAAAAGAUGGAGAAUUGUAUAUUCUGGCACAAAACUUUUUCUAUGAAAAGAUCUACCCUAAAUCGAACUAAGAGCAAUGAAUACUGUUAGACUAGGGGGCUAAACCUUUGGCCAUGUCCUUGUUGUUUUCAGUCCCAACAUGUAGAUUGUUGAUAUACCAUCCCAGGCCCAUUAGUCUUGAGCUCGGUAGACUAAGCUAUGGAUUGUUCAAAGAAGAUGGCUACCAACUAGGUAUCUUGGCAAUCCAGAAGUAUAAGCUUCGGUGUCCCUGUG